GGUGUGUUUUCUUUCUUCUUCAUUUGAGUUCUCUCUCUGUUCUAUUAUCGAGAAAUUCGGUGCGGUUUGGUGUUUGAUUGAUAGAUUCUCACCUUCUCUCUCUGGAGUCUUGAAUGUGAGUGGAUUUUCUUCUUCUUCUUUCUCUUGCUUCUUAAUGGAGGAUUGGGGAUCCGUACGAUUUUUAUGUAAUCAUGAUGAUUUUUUUACAUUCCAUUGAACAACACUAAUAGCUUCAAAGAUCUAAUAGCUUCAAAGAUCAAAGCUUUUCCUUCUCAGUCGUGCAGAGAUGUCAGGGGUGGACGAAAUUGGUGCAAAUGAUGAAAGCAGAGAUAGAAAGUCUGAUUUUGAUAACUCUGAGGAUGAAAGAAGGAGAUCCAAAAUUGGGAAUCUUAAAAAGAAGGCCAUAAAUGCAUCCAACAAGUUCACUCAUUCUCUUAAGAAAAGAGGGAAGAAGAAAAUUGAUUACAGAGUUCCUUCUGUAUCCAUUGAGGAUGUCAGGGAUGCAAAAGAGGAAGCUGCCGUGCACGAAUUUCAUCAAAAACUUCUUUAUAAGGAUUUGUUGACUCCUAGGCAUGAUGAUUAUCAUACUUUGCUGAGAUUCUUGAAAGCUAGAGAGUUUAAUAUUGAGAAAACAAUCCAGAUGUGGGAGGAAAUGCUUAAAUGGAGGAAAGAGUUUGGAACAGAUACCAUUCUAGAGGAUUUCGAUUUUGAAGAGCAAGAGGAAGUAUUGCAAUACUACCCCCAAGGGUACCAUGGAGUUGACAAGGAAGGGAGACCUGUUUAUAUCGAGCAGCUAGGAAAAGCCCAUCCAAGUCGGCUUUUGAAAAUCACGACCAUAGAUCGAUAUCUAAAGUACCAUGUCCAAGAGUUUGAGAGAGCUCUAUUGGAGAAAUUCCCUGCUUGUUCAAUUGCUUCAAAGCGACAAAUCUGUUUAACAACUACCAUAUUGGAUGUACAAGGACUGGGCAUGAAGAAUUUUAGCAGGACUGCUGCAAAUCUUCUGGCUGCCAUGAGUAAAAUAGACAACAGUUAUUACCCUGAGACAUUACAUAGAAUGUAUAUAGUCAAUGCUAGUCCUGGAUUCAAGAAGAUGCUUUGGCCUGCUGCUCAGAGAUUCCUCGAUGCAAAGACAAUUGGGAAGAUAAAUGUCUUGGAGCCCAAAUCUCUCUGUAGGCUACUGGAGGUCAUCGACUCUAGUCAGUUGCCAGAUUUCUUAGGAGGGUCAUGCUCUUGCUCUACAGAUGGAGGGUGUCUUAGAUCCAAUAAAGGACCAUGGAAUGAUCCAGAUAUAAUGAAGCUUGUACAUAAUACGGAGGCAAUAUUUGUGAGGCAAAUUACCAGUGUGUUGAAUGACCAGGAUAACUAUGAAUCUUAUGUACAAAUACAACCACUAAAGGGAAUGACCAGUGACACAUUAGUAGCGGAGUCUGGAUUAGAGAUGGAUGAGCGUUCUCCAACUGGACGAACAAGCUCUGCAUUUUGUUGUUUGGCACCUGUUCAUGAAGAAGUGAAGGUGUCAGAUCCAAAUGCUUAUUAUAGAUGCGAUGACGGUUUCCCUAGGAUUGAGAAAACUAUAGAAAGUGACCAAGGACCGAUAUAUUCCCCGGAUCAGUUGCCCAAUUCUAGUAAUGUGGAUAGCCAAUCUCAUCAAAGAGCAUAUUUUCUUUCACAAGGGACGUCAAUCACACAUUUGUUAGACUCUGUUAAGGAAAAGUUUGGGAGGACUGUUCAUUCUGUGGCAAAAAUGCUAAUAAUUUUAUUGGUUAGACUGGCUGCUUUUAUUCGCACUGUUAGAUUUGAAUCUUGGAGAAGGCCAAACUAUAUUCAUCCUUCCAAUAUGAUGGAGCCCAACAGGAAUAGCCAUUCAAAUUCAACAGUGCAAGAAGCAGUUAAUGAAGAAGACCAUGUCCGUCCUUGCAUUGAACGUCUUCAGAAACUUGAGAAAACAUUUGAGGAACUUAGCAACAAGCCUGCUGUAAUUCCCGUAGAAAAGGAGAAAAUGCUCAUGGAAUCUCUGGACCGGAUCAAAUAUAUUGAGUUUGACCUCGACAAAACAAAGCGAGUCCUACAUGCUACAGUAGUGAAGCAACUUGAGAUUGCUGAGUGGCUGGAUAAUAUACGAGCAUCUAAAUAUAAUCAACGAAGAUUGUUGUGUGGAGAUUGACCUAUGUUUUAGAUCAUGUGAGACCGAGGCUCUUGGAGUAGGAGCUUGAUGCUGGCAAAGCUCAUCAAGAGGGGCCAGCUUCCCCGGCGGCACUGCACAGUCGAUAAUGAAGCAUAGGGGAUGGACUUUUACAUUGUAGCUUCUUCUUCUCCUCCUUUUAACCACUUGCUGUAAGUAUGACAUAAUGAAGUUAUAGUUGAUCAGUACGUUUUUUUUUCUGAAGCACAACUUUGAAACUGUGCAUGUAGAGAGAAAAAAAUAUUCAUGUAUCAGUGAACAUCAUCUUGCAAUUUUCACAUGCUGCAGGAUUUUUGUUUCCUUGUCAUUGUAUUCGAGUAUGUCCUGCUUUAACUGUAAAAACGAAGCUUGUAAAAUGGAAUUUUGAACUCUUAUCUUCCACUGAGACAGCCACAAACAAUACAGAAGUCCAAGAGAACAUAAAAAUGCUUACACUAUUAACCCAUCUUCACCAUCUGGGACUGAAGAGUGACCAUUCAAAACCAGACCUUGAAAACAGAACAACCAUUAAGAUUCAUAUCCAGGCAAGCGCUCUUUUGAGGUGUGGUCGUUUCCCCUUCCUACUCCAUCAUUGUGAAUUGGAUUUCCUUAUUACUAAAAAAAAAUUGGAUUUCCUUCAAGUGCUAUAUAGGUACAGUCUGUGUAGGUCACCUCUUGGUGCUGAAAAGAUUAUCAUUAUGGGUUUCUUAGCAGGCAAAUUCUUGGGUCAUAAAGCGUCCACCCAUGUGCAGCUUAAUUAAGUUGAUUCCAGCCAGCCUGCUGUCACGGCCAUGGAAUCGAAUUAGGGUUUGGGUUGUGAAGAUUUUGGGGUUUCUGGAGGAAUUUGGGGAAUCGAGGGUUUCUGAAAUUGAUUUGGGAAUUUUGGAAGUGGAGUUGGGUGUUGAAGAUGAUACCCGAUCAUCUUUAGUGCAACGUCGUCGCAUUGGUAAAAUAGAACGGUGUCGUUUAGUUAAUGGGGAGGUAAUGCUGUAUAAUAGGUAUUGGGCUGAAGACAGGUCCAAUAGUAUGGAUUGUUGGUGUGUAUUCCAUUUCGUUAACCCUGUAAUUAGUCAGCAGGGAAGUCAAUAGUAUAA